AACUCGUCCACAGUGUAUCCAAUAAAGGACUCUUCGUCGAUCGAUCCCUGUGCUGCUGUUUUUCAUAAUCAAAAUAUACUGGUGGAAGCCCUUAUCUUUCUUCUUCUUUCGCUCUGCUAGUUUGGCAUAUUAUUAUUGUUCUACAAUCAUGUUGAAGUCACACCUAUUGACAAUCCAGGCCCAUUUGUAUACAGAACUAAUAUUAAUGACGAUUUUCACUCUCCUAAUGAAAAGCGCAAUUUCAUUACCUUCAGAUCAAUUUUAUGAUUCUAAAAGAAUCGGAAACAUUGCUGGAAUUCAAAAACGUCCAGCCUUCUUUGUUGGGAGUCGCUAUGGACGAUCCGGAAGUACAACAUAUGAUGAAAGUUUAAAAUCCAGACGAAUUUUUAUUGUUCCGCGAAACGAACAUUUCUUUCUUGGCUCCCGGUAUGGAAAACGAGGCGGAAAAUACUUACGCCUUACGAGGGGAAUAAACAUGCUGAUAGUCAGGAAAGGAUUUGGAAACAAUGGGAAAGAACGAACACUAUACUUAAGCUAUAUAAUCAUACAUAUUCUGAUGCGAAAUACUUAACUAGUAUGUAAAAGUAAUACCAAUGUCGAAACCCCGAAGAAUUGGUUGAUCAAUAUUUUGAGUUUGUCAUGACAUAAGACUCUGACAUAAAUGUCGCAUACUAAUGCCUUCUGUUUAAAAGAGGAUUUUGCAUUUAAGAAUAAUAAUAAUAUAUAAUACGCCAUAAGCGUUGCAUCACAACGAAGGAAAACUGCUAAGAAAUUAAAGGGCUUACUUUUGUCGUUAUGGCGUGGUUGAAAAUAUGUAAAGUGUAACAAGUUCUUAAAAAGGAAAUAAAAAUCUA